GUCAGGGGUCAGGAAUGGAACAGCCUUCCUGUCCCGGGUCGGCGCGGGAGGGCUGUGUGAUGGCCUCGGAGCGCCCGGAGCCGGAGGUGGAAGAAGCAGGACAGGUAUUCCUGUUGAUGAAAAAAGAUUAUCGAAUCUCCAGAAAUGUUCGCCUGGCUUGGUUCCUCAAUCACCUGCAUCAAACUGUGCAGGCCACACCCCAAGAAUUGCUGCUUCAGUCUGAGCAGGAGUUGGAAGUCCUCAGUGUCCUGCCACCUGGGUGGCAGCCAGAUGAAUCAGUGGUCCCAAGGCCAUUCCUUCUUGUACCUUCCACCCGGGUUACCUUCCUGGCUUGGCAGUAUCGAUUUGUCAUUGAGCUGGACCUUAGUCCAUCUACUGGCAUUGUGGAUGAUUCCACAGGCGAGAUCUUGUUUGAUGAAGUUUUCCAUGCUCUGUCCCGCUGCCUAGGCGGGCUACUUCGACCCUUCCAAGUGCCUGGAUCUUGCAUCAACUUCCAGCCUGAGAUCUAUGUAACUAUCCAGGCCUACUCCUCAAUCAUUGGCCUGCAGUCGCACCAGGUUCUGGUGCAAGGCUGCCUUUUGGAUCCUUCCCAACGGGAGGCAUUUCUUCAGCAGGUAUAUGAGCAGCUCUGCCUCUUUGAAGAUAAGGUGGCUACCAUGCUGCAGCAGCAGUACAAUCCCCAGAACCAGGCAGAAGACCAGUCCCCAGACUCAGGGGAGCCCUUGGGCCGGAAGGUAGGAGUCUCUAUGGUGACAGCUGAUCUUGGACUGGUCAGUAUGAUUCGUCAGGGCAUCUUGGCACUGCAGUUACUGCCCUCAAACUCUAGUGCAGGUAUCAUCGUAAUUACAGAUGGGGUGACCAGUGUCCCUGAUGUUGCUGUCUGUGAGACACUACUGAACCAGCUUCGCAGUGGCACUGUGGCUUGUUCCUUUGUGCAGGUGGGAGGAGUUUACUCUUAUGACUGCAGUUUUGGCCAUGUGCCCAAUGUGGAAUUGAUGAAGUUCAUCGCAAUGGCAACAUUUGGCUCCUAUCUGUCCACUUGUCCUGAGCCUGAGCCAGGCAAUCUGGGUCUGACUGUCUACCACCGAGCUUUUCUGCUCUAUUCCUUCCUGCGCAGUGGAGAAGCACUGAACCCUGAAUAUUACUGUGGCUCUCAGCACCGUCUGUUUAAUGAGCACCUGGUCUCUGCAAGCAGCAACCCUGCCUUGGCCUUGCGUCGAAAGAAGCACACUGAGAAGGAGGUUCCAGCUGAUUUGGUCAGCACUGUGUCUGUACGCCUUCGAGAGGGCUACAGUGUCCGAGAGGUUACACUGGCAAAAGGAGGGUCCCAACUGGAGGUGAAGCUGGUGCUGCUAUGGAAACACAAUAUGCGCAUUGAGUAUGUGGCUGUGGCACCCUGGCCCCUGGAGCCUGAGGGCCCUCGAGGAACGCGGGUGGAAGUAACAAUGGAAGGCGGCUAUGACAUUUUGCAUGAUGUGUCCUGUGCGCUAAGGCAACCCAUUCGCUCGUUGUAUCGUACCCACGUUAUCCGCCGUUUCUGGAACACACUGCAAAGCAUUAACCAGACGGACCAGAUGUUAGCCCACCUUCAGUCCUUCUCCUCAGUGCCAGAGCAUUUCACGCUUCCUGACAGCACUAAGAGUGGAGUGCCACUCUUCUACAUCCCUCCUGGCUCCACCACCCCGGUGCUCUCCCUUCAACACAGUGGUUCUGACUCAUCCCAUGCCCAGUUUGCUGCCUACUGGAAGCCAGUGCUGUCUAUGGAUGCUAAUUCAUGGCAACGGUGGCUGCACAUGCACCGCCUGGUGCUGAUCCUGGAGCAUGACACCCCAGUCCCCAAGCACUUGCAUACCCCGGGCAGCAAUGGACGUUACAGCACUAUUCAGUGCAGGAUCUCUCAUUCUUCGCUCACCUCUCUGCUUCGGGACUGGAGCAGCUUUGUGCUUGUUGAGGGCUAUUCUUAUGUCAAGCUGCUCUCCAGUGCCCCAGACCAGCCCCCAUCCUCCUUCUACUUGGUCCGCAUCAUUUCCAAGGCCCCAUGCAUGGUUCUUCGCCUGGGUUUUCCCAUUGGCACACCAGCCCAGGCCCGGCACAAGAUUGUAUCAGGCUUGAGGGAAGAGAUACUACGCCUUCGUUUCCCCCACCGGGUACAAAGUAAAGAGCCAACACCCAAGGUGAAACGUAAAGGGCUAGGGGGUGUUGGUGGGGGCAGUUCUCCCUCCAAGUCACCCCCCAUGCUGGGACCACAGCAGGCCCUGUCUGACCGGCCCUGCCUUGUGGUCCUCCAUAAGCCACUGGACAAGCUCCUCAUCAGGUAUGAGAAGCUACCUCUGGACUACCGGGCACCUUUCUUGCUGACACUGGAACCACCAGGGCCACUGCCUUUGGUGUCGGGUCGAUCAGCCUCAUCUAGCCUAGCAUCGUUGUCACGCUACCUCUACCAUCAGCGCUGGCUAUGGAGUGUUCCAUCAGGCCUGGCCCCCACGCUGCCACUCAGCGCCAUCGCCCAGCUCCUCUCUGUCCUCACUGAAGUCCGACUCUCUGAAGGGUUUCACUUUGCCUGCAGCGGCGAAGGAAUCAUCAACAUGGUCCUGGAGCUUCCAAUUCAGAAUGAGCCACUGAGGCAGACAGCGACUGAAGAGAAGCACACAUGUGUUGUCCAGUACAUCCUCUUCCCCCCCCACUCUACCUCUACCAAAGACAGCUUCUCAACAGAUGAUGACAAUGAUGUGGAGGUGGAGGCCUUGGAGGGGGACUCAGAACUCAAUCUGGUCACCGAGGUGUGGGUGGAGCCACAGUAUGGGCGAGUAGGACCUGGCCCUGAAAGUUGGAAGCACCUACAGGACUUGACAUACUCUGAAAUCCCUCAAGCUCUUCACCCACGGGAUGUUGCCUGUAUAGGCUCCCUGCUAAGUUUCGAAUACCUGAUACAGCUGUGCCAGAGCAAGGAAUGGGGUCCUCUGCCACCAGAGCCACGAGUCUCAGAUGGACUGGACCAGGGAGGAGACACCUGUGUCCAUGAGAUCCCUUUCCAUUUUGACCUGUUGGGAUUGCUGCCACAGUGCCAGCAGCUACAGAUGUUCUUCCUUCUGCUAUCCAGAGAGCCAGAGGGUAUCCCUCUCGCCGAGGGGCCUUGUCCCACCAACGACAUGGUGCUGUGCCUGCUGCACAGCUGCCUGGGGCAGGAGCUGAGUGACCGGGAAAUCCCACUGACCCCUGCUGACCAGGCUGCCUUCUUGAGUGAGGUACUGCGACGGAGCUGCCAUAAUCCAGGUGCAGAGGGGCCAUCAAUGGGGACUCAUGGGAUCCUGAAGGAUCAAGCAGUCAACAACACCCAGGCUGCUAGAGACUCAGCCCUUCCUACCCUGUGUCUGAGUAUUCCUGAAACUUUCAGGCCUCUCAUCUCUGCCCAGCCUCCUCAGUGGCGCUGCUAUGCAAGGCUCGUGACCCCACAGCAUGUGUUUCUGACAUUUCUCCCAGCUGCCUUCUCAGAUGUCCAGCGUCUAUCUGUUUAUGGUCUGGAGGGACCCUUUCAAGAAGAAACAAAGCCUAAGUUUGGGGAUCGGAGUGUGGCCCCCAACCAAAAAGAUCUGGGAGGAACGGGGGCCAAGGCUACAAAGUCCCAAGUCCCCAUCCUCAGUAUAACUCUAGCUGGUGACAGUGCCCAGGAUCAAGGAGAUCCAAGCUCACCCUUCAAUAGGGACUUUCAGGCUUACACUGGGCGUCAGGUUUCCCAGACAGAGGGUGCAGAUGGGCCCCGGACCCGUUGUCCUGUCUAUAUCUAUAGCUGUUCCCUGGAAGCUCUGAGGGAACAAAUGGUUGGCAUGCAGCCCCCUCAGGCACCUCGAGACCUCAUCUUCCGGACUCAGUUCCUGGACCACCCCUCUGCUUCUUCAGCCUGGAUGGAGCCCAGGUAUAAAGAGGCAGCAACCCACUGUGCCUUGUUGCAAGAGCAUGCACAGCGGUGCUAUGUCCGUGGGCUGUUUCGGAGCUUGCAGCAAGCACAGAAUGUGACCUGCCAGGAUUUGCUGACAGCAGUAGAUGCCUGUGAGGAGCUACUACAAGAAGUAGACAUCACCCCUUUUUUGCUUGCACUGUGUGGUCACACUUGGGGUUUGCCUCAUUCACCCCCAAGUCCUGGUCCUCUCAGCCCAGGGCCCUUCAGCAGCAGCAUCGAGGAGGGCCCAGAGCCUCGGGAACGAGCUAUCUUAGCUUCUGAGUCCAGUAUAGAGACGGAGGAUCUAAGUGAGCCUGAGUUUCAGAACACCCGUGUCCCUGGCAAUUCAGACCCUGGCCCGGAGAUCUCUCUGACAGAUGUCUGCCAGCUCAAAGGAGAGGCUCAUGAUGCCCUUCAUGGCCUUAUCCAGGAGAAGUUCUUGGAGAUCAGUCAUCUCCACUUCCGCACAGUGCCCUCCAAUCCCCACUACUUCUUCUAUUGCCCUCCAUCCAGUAGGCGAGAGGAUGAGGGACCCCGAGACACAGUAGACAGAAAAGUCAGUGACCUAGAGUUUUCAGAGGCUGAGCUCAUAGGAGAAGAAGGAGACACAUCUGCCUGCUGUGUGGUCACUGAGAGUGACCCAGAACUGGAAGUGGAAUACUGUGAGAGCCGUGAACCAGACCUGGGUCCUGCUGGGCUAGACUCCACCUCACUGUCAGAUGCAGACACUGUCAAUCCUGAUGAAGACUCCUUCAGUAUCUUAGGGGGCGACUCACCCACUGGGCCUGAGAGCCUCAUGCAUGACCUGCCACCCCUCUUCCUACAUCUCACAUGUUCUGUGCGGCUGCGUGGGCAGCACAGCUCAGUACCUGUGUGCAGUCUGCCCACCUGCCUGGGCCAGGUUCUUUCUAGUCUGGAGGGACCCCCUAUUGGAGGCCGAGUUCCACUGAGAGACCUCAGUAUUACUCUGGACGUCUUUGUGCUGACCUUGCCUCUGGAGGUGGAGCUCCCCCCAGCCUCAGACCCUCAGCACCACCGGUCAACAUCUGAAAGCAGUGCUUCAUUCCCACGGUCCCCAGGGCAACCAUCAUCUUUAAGGUCGGAUGAUGGCCUGGGGCCCCCACUGCCACCCCCAGAAGAAGAAAGGCAUCCAGGACUGUCUAAUUUGGCCACACCCCACAAAUUGGCUAUUGAGACUACCAUGAAUGAGAUACGCUGGUUAUUAGAAGAUGAGAUGGUGGGGGCACUUCGAAGAGGGGGAAUCCCCCAGAGCCCUGCCUUGCAGCGAGCAGCUGCCCACAUCCAUAGCUCUCCUGAACGCUCUACCUGCCUUCGCCAAACUCUUCCAUUGAAUUUUGUGUUUGGGCCAGAGCGCUCACUCACACAAUUCAAGGAGGAGUUCCGCCGCCUCCACCUCCCUGAUCAUGUUCUCCUUGAGGACCCUGAAAGUGGCUUCUUCUUUGUGGCAGCUGGCCAACAGCCAAGUGGGCCCCAGGGGGAGCCCCCUUCAGCAACCUGGGCAUGGCACAGACAUGAGGACCAUGCCAAAGACAUCGAAGGGGAGGCCUUAACAACUAGCCCCCAAGACCCUGGCUCCCCAGAGGAUUCUGAGGACAUCCCUAUCAUCAGCCUGCCCAGCCUGCCACAGGGAGGGAGUCAGCCUGGGCCCAGCCGGGGAGUAAGUCUCAUGUCUAGUCAAGGCAGUGUGGAUUCAGACCAUCUAGGUUACGAUGGUGGUAGCAGUGGCUCAGAUAGCGAGGGUCCUGAUGAGACCCUUGGUGAGAAGGCCCCCUUCACAUUGCGGACUCCAUCUGGGCCGGCACCUCCACAGCCUCCCUCAAGCCUCCCUGGGCCUUGCCUGCCUGACUUCUGGCUCAUUGUCCGGGUACUACAGGAUCGUGUGGAAGUUUAUGCACAUGCACGGAGCCUGAUUCGGGAAGAUGGGGGUCCCGGCACUGAAUGUCGUCAUUUGCAGCAGCUCCUGGUGAGGCGAGUUGGGGAGAUCUGCAGGGAGGUCAACCAGCGACUGCUUCUUCAGGACCUUCAUGACAGUCACGUGUGUAACUCCCUUCUGGUGGCUGAGAGUGAGGAAGAUCUGUGGCGCAGCGAGACCCCCUUCCACUCCCGUCAGCGAGCACUGCUGCCCAGUGAUGAUUAUGCUGCUGAUGAGAGCUGUACACCCCGAGGGUAUUUAGCAGCCACAAUGCAGUUUGUCCCUGGCCAUUUCUCCUGUGACGUUGUAUGGGGAACUGUGAUCCGAGUCCAUUCACGUCUCAAGAUGGGGCCCAGCAUGGGUGUCUCUCGGGCAAUCCAGGCCCUACGUUCUGUGCUUAAUGCCUUCUCUGUGGUGAACCGGAAGAAUAUGUUUGUUUACCAGGAACGAGCAACAAAGGCUGUUUAUUACCUUCGGCUCCUGGAGACAUCCUGUAGUGACCGGCCGUGGGAAGCGGAUACUCUACCCCCUUCCCUAGCUCUAUCCCGGAGCCAAGAACCCAUUUACUCUGAGGAAGCCUCGGGUCCUCGUUCUCCCUUGGACAUGGCUUCCAGCCGCAGUUCAGAUGCUGCUCGCCCCGUGGGCCAAGUAGACAGACAUAUCCAGCUGCUGGUGCAUGGUGUAGGGCAGGCAGGUCCUGAGAUCACAGAUGAGCUAGUACGGGUUCUGCGUCGGCGCCUGGAUGAGGCCACACUGGACGUUAUCACAGUCAUGCUGGUUAGGAACUGCAAGCUGACACCAGCUGAUGUGGAGUUCAUCCAGCCGCCUGGAAGUCUCCCCUCAGAGAUUCUGCAUCUGGCCCUGCCCUACUCCUGCAGGCCCUGGCUUCCUGCUCUGGCCUGGUACCUUCGGCAGAACCUGCUCAUCUUCCUGCACUCUCCCAAGUAUACAGACAGUAACAGCCGGAACCAUUUCCAACAUCCACUCCCACCACAGGGUGGCCUUCCUGACUUGGACAUCUACUUGUAUAACAAGCCUGGUGGACAAGGCACUGGGGGCAAAGGAGUCGCCUGUAUCACUCUAGCCUUUGUGGAUGAAGCAGGGGCCCCUAUCUCACUAGCAUUGUGGCCCCCCUCUUCUCCGGGGUCCCCAGAUGCACUGCGAGAAGAGGAAUUUGAGCAACUGACUCAGGUCAUCCGCUGCCCAGUUGUUCUGGACAGUUCUUCAGCUCAGAAUGGAGCCCCACGGCUUCGACUGGACGUGUGGGAAAAGGGGAACAUUAGCAUUGUGCAGCUGGAGGAGAAGCUCCGGGGAGCAGCUCGCCAGGCCCUGGCUGAUGCCAUCAUGGAGCUGCAGCUGCUGCCAGCUUCACUGUGUACAGAGAAUACACCCCCAGUGUCCUCAGGAAGUCUCAGAAGUGGAUCAUUGGAAACCAAGAGCCCUUUAGGCCAAGUCAGCACCUUUCCUCCUACCCCUGUCCCUGGAGAACCUAUGACUCCACCCAGCAAAGCUGGCCGGCGUAGCUUCUGGGAUAUGCUGAGUAAAAUAGAAGGCGGAGAUUUGGGUUCCCCAAAAACAACAGAUGACAUUGUUCUGGAUCGGCCAGAAGACACUCGGGGUCGGAGGCGUCAUAAAACUGAGAAUGUUCGGACUCCAGGUGGAACUGAGCGAGCACCAGGUCCAGAUUCUGGAACACAGAGACAAAGACGCCGGACAACACAACUAGAGGAGGGUGAGGUGGGGACAUUACACCCUGUGUUUGCUCGUGUCAUUCAACACUGGAUGGGGUUUAUGUUUCAAAUUGGUUGUGCCUCAGUGUCCAGAAGCUCCACCCACAUGGUGUCCCGGUUCCUUCUUCCAUCCGUCUUGUCUGAGUUCACCACUCUAGUCACCUCAAUGGCUGGAGACACCAGUGUCCGUAUCUUUGAGCAGCAUUUGAGUUCAGAGCCAGAAAUCUUCAGUCCUUGUUCCCCUGGACAGCUGGGCCUAGCUCCCCGCCCAGCAGCUGAGCGACAUCUGCUGCUUCUGGGAAGGAACUUCGUGCAGUGGAGGAGACCAACCCAGCAGGCUGCCAAAGCUGUGCAGCGCUUCGAGUCAGGAGGUGAUGGGAGCUCGGGGCGAAAUGCUCCUCGGCAGAGGUUCUUGCUGCUAGAGAUUGUGGACAAGAAGCUUCAGCUGCUGACCUACAACUGGGCUCCAGACCUGGGGGCAACAUUAGGAAGAGCGCUGGUUCGCCUUGUGCAGUGGCAGAAUGCACGGGCACAUCUUAUCUUCUGCCUGCUCAGCCAGAAGCUUGGGCUUUUCCAUCAUUAUGGCCAGUUGGACUUUCCCAUGCAAGAUGAAAAGGAACCAAAUCCAUUCCUGAUGCCGACCAUGGAAGUAGAGACCCUCAUCCGGAGUGCAAGCCCCCCACUGAGCCGGGAGCAGGGCCGGCUGAGUGGGUCCUCUCGUGGUGGGGGUCCCCUUCCCUUGGACACAUUCCCCUUUGAUGAGGCCCUGAGGGACAUCACAGCUGCCCGCCCCAGCUCCACAGUUGGUCCUAUACCCAGACCUCCUGAUCCUGUAACAUACCAUGGUCAGCAGUUCUUGGAGAUCAAGAUGACAGAACGCAGAGAGCUGGAGCGCCAGAUGAAGAUGGAGAACCUAUUUGUAACGUGGCAGCAGCGUUCUGCCCCAGCCAGCAUGCCCAUCAGUGCUGGGGAGCUGGAGACCCUGAAGCAGUCAUCCCGCCUGGUCCAUUACUGUGCAACAGCCCUGCUCUUUGAUCCAGCUGCCUGGCUGCAUGGACCCCCAGAAACCUCUGGGCCCCCUGAGGGGCAGCGGCACCAUCGCCCAGAGUCAGGGUCUGGGAGCCGAGAGACCCCCAUGAGCUGCGAAUCCUUGGAUAUACCUCCAUCAGGAGCCCGUGAAGAGCCAUGGCUGAAGGAGCUGAGUUUGGUCUUCCUACAGCAAUAUGUGCAGUAUCUGCAGAGCAUAGGCUUUGUGCUGGUACCACUGCGACCCCCCUCACCCUCCCGCAGCACCAGCCGGCUGCGGGCCAUGGCUAUUCUUGGAACAGAAGGUCGAGGCUCCUUCUCCUGCCCUAAAACCAAGACUGAGGGGAGCCCCAAGAGCACUGGUUCUCUAGUUACUACAUACCACCUGCAGCGGGCACUGCCCGGAGGCAUCAUCCUCAUGGAGCUGACUUUCCAGGGCUGCUACUUCUGUGUCAAACAGUUUGCACUGGAAUGUUCUCGAAUCCCAAUGGGGCAGGCUGUCAACUCUCAGCUGUCCAUGCUGUUCACAGAGGAGUGUGACAAAGUGCGGGACCUGAUGCAUGUACACUCCUUCAGCUAUGACUUCCACUUGCGCCUCGUGCACCAGCAUGUGCUGGGUGCCCACCUGGUGCUGCGGCAUGGCUACCACCUUACCACCUUCCUGCGACACUUCCUGGCCCACCACCCUGAUGGACCCCACUUUGGCCGCAAUCACAUUUACCAAGGGACACUGGAGCUCCCUACACCACUCAUUGCUGCCCACCAGCUAUACAACUACGUGGCUGACCACGCCAGCUCUUACCACAUGAAGCCGUUGCGCAUGGCCCGACCAGGGGGCCCAGAACACAAUGAGUAUGCCCUGGUGUCAGCAUGGCAUAGCUCUGGCUCCUACCUGGACUCAGAGGGACUUCGCCAUCAGGAUGACUUUGAUGUGUCUCUGCUGGUCUGUCACUGUGCUGCACCCUUUGAGGAGCAAGGAGAAGCUGAGCGGCAUGUUCUGCGGCUGCAGUUCUUUGUGGUGCUCACCAGCCAACGAGAACUCUUCCCCAGACUCACUGCUGACAUGCGCAGGUUCCGGAAGCCUCCUAGACUACCCCCUGAGCCAGAGACUCCUGGGAGCUCUGCCAGUAGCCCUGGGGAGACCUCAGGCCUUGUCCUAGCCCCUGGGCCAGCUCCUCUGUUCCCACCACUGGCUGCAGAGGUGGGCAUGGCACGGGCACGGCUGGCUCAGCUGGUCCGGCUGGCUGGUGGGCACUGCCGUCGGGACACCCUCUGGAAGCGCCUCUUCUUGCUAGAGCCACCAGGGCCUGACAGACUGAGGCUGGGGGGACGCCUGGCCCUGGCAGAGCUAGAGGAGCUCCUAGAGGCAGUCCACGCCAAAUCCAUUGGGGACAUUGACCCCCAGCUGGAUUGUUUCCUGUCCAUGACGAUCUCCUGGUACCAGAGCCUGAUCAAAGUUCUCCUAAGCCGCUUCCCCCAGAGCUGCCGCCAUUUCCAGAGUGCAGAUUUGGGAACUCAGUACCUGGUGGUGCUGAAUCAGAAGUUCACUGACUGUUUUGUGCUAGUGUUUCUGGACUCCCACUUGGGAAAAACGUCUCUGACAGUGGUUUUCCGAGAGCCCUUCCCAGUACAGCCCCAGGACAGUGAGAGCCCCCCUGCCCAGUUGGUCUCUACCUACCACCACUUGGAGUCUGUCAUCAACACAGCCUGUUUCACCCUCUGGACCCGCCUCCUCUGAGAAAGUGAACCACAGAAUCACUGUUCAUGGAAUCAGGGAUCUAUAAGAUUGUCCACUUGAUGCAGGACUGACCAGCCCUUUUGGGCCUCAGGGAGAGCUCGGACACUUGAGUAACACCAAAGGAUUUGUGAAUAUCUGGAGAUCUGCUGCUGCAGCCUGGCAGUAGCGACUGCCCUCCCCAAACCUUUACAACUACUGACCAGCUCAGGACUCGAGAGUCUGGUUGACUCCGUAGGUGCCUAUCCCCUCUCAGGCUCCUGGGCCCAUCCAGAAGGGAAUGAUUCCUUCCUGUCUACCUGGAGGAAUCCUGGAAGUUCUUCACACUUCACACCAGGUGGCAAGCACUUACCCCUCAGAGCUCUGUCUGAAUCCUGCCUAACAGUCUUUGGUCACUGACAGCCAUCUUCCCUCUUUGCAAGACCCAUGGUCUUUAUCCCCAUUUGGACAUCACUGCUUGCCAUUGACAUAAAAUACCUUGGUUCCAGUCCCAGCUCUGCCUCUGAGACCACUGAGGCCAGUGUUUAUUCCUUCUACCUGGACCCUAU